AUGGCCGGUCCUGUCGUGGCGUGGAGCCUUGAUGACGCUGCGACCGCGUGCAAGCACGAGCCCAGGAUCGUGCGUGAGCACGCUCGCAAGGCGGACGUGCUCAAGAGAAUCAUCCACAACUUCGCCAAAGAGGUCGGCAGCCCGAGCGCCGUCGACCGCACCGACUACGGGUACGGCACAGCCUCCGGCAGCGCCCGGGGCUUCGUCGUCAGCACCACUCGCAACAGCUCUCGCGCGCCGCCGUCUGACGUAUUUUCUUCUCAUAACAAGGCCACCGGAGCCGCCUAUUGCUACUCCUGCGAGGAAGGCGAGGCACUUAGGGACCCGGUGCUGCGCGUCUCCUCCUGCAUCCUCUCCGUCCUCCUCCUCGCCGUCUCCGUCAUCGACAAGAAGACUGCUUGGGACCCGGUGCUGCGCGUCUCCUCCUGCAUCCUCUCCGUCCUCCUCCUCGCCGUCUCCGUCAUCGACAAGAAGACUGCUUGGGACCCGGUGCUGCGCGUCUCCUCCUGCAUCCUCUCCGUCCUCCUCCUCGCCGUCUCCGUCAUCGACAAGAAGACUGCUUGGGACCCGGUGCUGCGCGUCUCCUCCUGCAUCCUCUCCGUCCUCCUCCUCGCCGUCUCCGUCAUCGACAAGAAGACUGCUUGGGACCCGGUGCUGCGCGUCUCCUCCUGCAUCCUCUCCGUCCUCCUCCUCGCCGUCUCCGUCAUCGACAAGAAGACUGCUUGCGCCUGCUAG